AUGAGGUCGUUCGGCUCGGUGUUUGUCGCAGUGGCCACUGUUUCGGCAUCGAGUCCAGUCCAUCAAUGCCCAGCCGCUAUCGGCGUCGCGGCAUCCGUACGCUUUCCGGACGAGCGAUCUGUGCCUUCUUUGGUCUCGCAAUUUCCCCGGGGUGGGAGCUCGCGACAACCAACUUGGUUGCGCAAGGCGUCACAAAUGUUGCGGCCGAGUUAUCGGACCGCGUCCAACUAUCAAAAGCUUCUACAAGAGCAACGUGAUUUGUUGGAACGACAAUUACGGCAAACUCGCGAAGAACUGGCUCACCUGCGCAAGCAGGUCAAAUCGAACGCGUCCAAAUCGAUAGCGGUGCGGGCGUCGAAUGUGAAAGCGCAACAAGGAGAAGCUCUGCGUUUUGAAGAGACCAAAAUGCUCAAUCAACAAUUGACGGAGCUGGAAACGGCCAUGGCGAAACUGCAGGAAAUGAAAGAUCGACUCGAAGCCCUCUUACUGGAGGAGCAGGAAAAGAUGGCUGCUUUGCAAGUCAAACUUGAGGAAGCGGAAACGUCGUCCGAAGAGCUCAAAGCUAAACACGAAAAGGAGUUGGAGCUAUUGCGAGCCGAACUCGAAGCAAAAGCAUCCACCCAGUUAGCCGAACUCAAAAAGAUGAUGAAAGAGCAAAUGAAGUUGGCGCUAGAUCAACAAAAGGCAACCGCUGAGCGAGAGAGGCAAAAAGCUAUUUUAGAAACUGAACAAAAGCUACAGAAACAAGCAGAAUUACGACUGCAAACGGAGCAAAAGAAGGCGGAGGAAGCCGUCGAAAAGGAAAAGGUAAAAAUGCGCAAGCUCGUCAAGGCGUUGGCCGAGCGCGAGAAGAAGCUUUUGGCGGCGGCAGAAAAAGAAGCAGCCAAACGGACCUCUGCCGGUGGUGCAUCGUCAACGCAGGCGUCAUCGUCUUCUGCCAAUCAGAAAGCAACGGUAACUCGCAAAACUGGAACAGUACGGAAUCCUUUCAAGUGAAUUGUUCAGGAACAGAGAUUCACUGUGAUCAUCGCCGCUGCGAUGCACUCUUCUGCCAUAUAAUUUUAUCCACAAUAUCCGCUAGCAU